UAUUGUUCCGUUACACAACGUGACAUACAUUUUGCAACAGCUUUCAUUACUUCUGUAAUAGUCUUUUAACCGUACGGUACGGUCGAAAUGUACUAUGACUUGAAACUAUGGAUUUUAUUACUAUUUGUAAUCAAUGGAGUAUGGAACUUCAAUGACGAAUUUAUGGUUCAUAAAAACAGAUCAAGAAUACUGUCGAGAAAGAAGCGGUAUGUGACUUUUCCUGCAGGAUCUAGUUUUUCGUGUGCCGGUUGUAUGACAAUCGGGCUGAUGGGUCAGCCAUCACCAACCACAGUCGCGGGAACGUUCACAUUUGGCCUUAACUGGGCUAUAGCGUAUGAGCUCCCAAACGCCACUGAGACCCUAACGCUUUUCCAUAGGAAACACAGAUUAAAAGGAAUAACGCAGAGGAGAAGCCGCCGAGAUCUUUAUCAGAAACUUGAGCUUAUAUUGGAGAACAUUGGUUACAGGGGUAGAGAGUGUAUUUUGAAAACACUGUGUGAGACCAAACAUCGUAUCAUGCCUGAUGGAGACAACAUGAUCGAGGAGAUGUUCAGAACUUUAUUCACACUGCCGCUAUCGAAGGUUUUAUCCGUGGAGCCUUUAGAGCAUACGAUAUACGAUUCCGCGCAUCGUCUCAGUGUUACCCUCGAUGACUGUGACGCCUACGACUGUCCGAUAUCUCUGGUCGACUGGGCUAAAGGGUACUAUGACGUGCCAGCUCCGGAAGUAGAUAUAACGGAACAACCCUGGGCUCUGUUCAACAACAACUUUGGCUAAGAAACAAUACUAAAAAACCUACCUAUUGUUUUAUUUUG